UUCGUUGAGGUGCGGAGUAAAUAAAUUAAUUGUUUACUGCGUAAUCCAAGCCAGAAUUUAUAAACAAACUGGGGUGCGAAUUGACUGGGCUUUUGCUCGAGUGCCAAGGCUUUCCUAUUGUUUUUCCUAUCAUUCAGUGAGCUGCGGGACGCAGUUGGCGAAGUUUCUACAAGUCGCACGAUGACCGAGAAUACCAACAAUAGGAGCCAAGUGAUAUUCGAUGACCUGGACGAGAAUGAGACUUCGGCUGCCACUCAAGCCAACAUAUCCAGUCAGCUGGCCAAGAAAAUCUGGGCCGUAACGCCCAACGACAUUUGCCUGGGACUCGUGGAGGCGCCUGAGCAAGCUGUGCCCAAUUUUCCUAGCGGAUGCGGAUCGGGAACGGGCUGUGAAAUGGGAUCGGUCAGCAAGCCGGCGGCCAGCGACAAUGCCAGCAUUUACGUAACCGAGGUGGAGCGCGUUCUCUACGGAGAUACCACCGGUUACCCGGAGAACGGCAGCCAGAACUACUUCAAGGCCGCGGAGAACUACUCCAUCUUCGGGGAGGGCUUCCUCGACUUCCCCAAGGACACGGCCAGCUGCCUUGCGGGCCUGAAACCGACGGUGAGUCAAGCUUGGAGUUCCCACCCGGGAUACGAACGAUCCGCCAGGUCGGUGCCUCUAUAUGAACGAAGACAAGCUUCUCCGGAACAUGAAGGCGCUGCCUCGGGGUCCAACUUGCCGGGGAGCGGCUUUCAGCAACAACAGAGACAGACCCCUCAGCAGCAGCAGCAACAUCAGCAUCAGCAGCAGCAGCAGCAGCAGCAGCAACAUCAGCAGCAGCAUCAGCAGCAACAUCAGCAGCAGCAACAUCAACAUCAGCAGCAGCAACAUCAGCAUCAGCAGCAUCCACAUCAGCAACAGCAACAACAGCAGCAGCAACAUCGCCAACUUGGCAACGAAAACCACAAUCGCAACUCGGUGAACAACUUCAAUGAGAUACCAUUUCCGCAGUUUUACCAUCAGAUGCAACACCAAGCGCCGCCACAACCGCAGCUGAAUGCACCGCACGGCCAGCAACAUCUGCACGUGCCACAGAAGCCCAUGCAUCAGCAGCAGCAGCAGCAGCAGCAGCAGGGUGUCCCACCGCCACCCCCGCAACAACAGCAGCAACAGCAGCAGCAGCAGCAGUACCAGCAGCAACUACAUCGUCCCAGUGUCGGGGAUCUGGCUGCACUGUCCCACGCCAAUCCCAAGGAAUUUGCUCUGCUCUACCAGCAGUUGAUGGCUCGCAACUUGCGGCCAACUCCGCAGCACAACCAGCAACAGCAACACGCGCAACAGCAACACGCGCAACAGGCUGCCCCGCAGCAGCAUCAGGCUCCUAAUAGCGCUGCUGCUGCAGCAGCCAUGAUCUACAAGAACCUGGAGUUUCAGCAGCAAGUGCAGCUGCGACAGUUGCAACAAUUGCAUCAGCAGCAGCAGCAACAACAGCAACAGCAGCAGCAACAACAACAGCAGCAACAGCCCCGCUUGCCACGCGGCAUUUUUGGGGGCAACGGUGGUCAGCAAACGCCACAAAAUGGAAAGGAACCGCCAGUAGGAACCCACAAGUAACAACCCACCAAAAAGGUGAGGGGUCAGACUUCUCGAUCGGAUUUAACGCCCAUUAACAAUUUAACACAUUUAUUUGUCCAACUUUUACAAUUUAUUUGCAAUUUUUUCUGUAAUUGCCACUUAUACAAAUGGUAGUAAUUUCUGUUGACCAAAUUAAAGUCCGACCUUUGAAUGUA